AUGAAUCCUCUCAAAUGUGCGUUUGGCGUCAUGUCUGGGAAGUUUCUAGGCUUUAUUGUUCGACAUCAAGGUAUUGAAGUGGACCAAUCUAAAAUAGAUGCUAUCCAAAGAAUGCCCGAACCAAAGAACCUACGAGAGCUUCGAAGCUUACAAGGCCAUCUUGCAUACAUUCAACGUUUCAUAUCGAAUCUAGCAAGACGAUGUCAACCAUUCAGUCGAUUGAUGAGGAAAUAUGCCACCUUUGAAUGGGAUAAGGCUUGCAGAAAUGCAUUUGAGAGCAUUAAAAGGUAUUUGCUUAACCCACUUGUCUUAGGAGUGCCUAUACCAGGAAAACCUCUAGUGAUCUACAUUGCUGCACAAGAACAAUCACUUGGGGCCCUCUUAGCUUAG